AUGACGAAGCCCGUUCUCCGUGUUUGCAUUUCCGGUGCUGCAGGCCAGAUUUGUUACUCUGUUCUGUUCCGCAUCGCAGCUGGAGACAUGCUGGGCUACGAUCAGCCCGUCCACAUUGUUAUGCUUGAGGUUCCUGCCGCCCUAAAGGCAGCCGAGGGUGUGGCCAUGGAACUAGUGGACUGCGCGUUCCCGCUGCUCUCUGGAUUCACUCUUACAUCAGACAAUGCAGAAGCAUUUAAGGACGUUGACUACUGUCUUCUCUUCGGUGCAUUUCCGAGGAAGGCGGGGAUGGAGCGUGCAGAGCUUCUUUCUAAGAACAAGGGUAUCUUCCAGAUCCAGGGCGCCGCUAUCAAUGAGCACGCGAAGCCAACGUGCCGAAUCUUGGUUAUCGGUAACCCUGCAAACACAAAUGCCCUUGUUCUCUCUACACAACUUACCAAGAUCCCUAAGACAAAUGUCACGGCCAUGUCUCGCCUUGACCACAACAGGGCAGUGGGCCAGGUGGCUGGAAAGCUGGGUGUCAGGACCAACCGUAUCAGCAACGUUUGGGUUGCUGGGAACCACUCCAAUACUAUGGUUCCGAUUGUGGAUUGUGGAGUGAUCUAUGAUGAGGGCCUUAAGGACAAGCAACCUGUGAAGCCUAUGCUUCCAGCGGAUUGGAUAAAAGGAGAGUUCGUUCCUUGUGUUCGUGGUCGUGGAACAGCUGUAAUAGAGGCUCGUGGACACAGCUCAAGUGCAUCGGCUGCUAAUGCCGCAAUCGAUCAUGUUAGGGACUGGCACAUGGGGACUAAGCCAGGUGCUUUUGUUUCCUGUUCUCUCCUCAUAGAGGAGGGCAACCCCUAUGGAAUUGCUCCCGGAAUAUUUUAUAGCAUGCCGUGCAGCUGUGUUGGCGGCAAAUGGCAGAUAGUUAAGCUUGACCUUCCAAAGGAUGUUCUGGACGAGAUGAAACUCAGUGAAGCAGAGCUGAUGAAAGAAGCUGCGGAUGCUCUCAAGUGA